UGCUGUGGAGGUCAGAGUAAAGAGCCGGCGUAUAGCCGUGUGUGGAGGUAGUCUGAAGUGCGACCUAUGGUCGCUGGAGGCAUCAGGAAACUGAGGUGGAAGGGGAGAUGUUUAAAUGUGAUAAGGAAGUGAUGUCACUUCCGGUUUGUCCAUGUAUGACUCAGUCAAAAAUAGACAAAUGCUGAAUUGGACAUAUCUGUAGGAGUAUAUGUGAAUGGUCUAUAAGGGCAAGGGAUGAGAGAUGGUGAAAUUUGGUUACCUGUAGUGCCUGUAGUUCCAGAGCCACCGUCGGUUGUGAAACCGGAAGUGCGGUGUGUCAUGUGAUUCGGGCUGUGGAACGCAAAUGCGUUCCACCCAUAGAGAUAGAUGAACAUGGAAACCGGAAGUGACGUCGUGGAACGCAAACAGCAUUCCACAGUACAGGAAAUGUGUCAGAAUGAAUGAGAGUGUGUUAAACUGAGUGUAUUAAAGUGAUGUAAUGGAAAAAGGGUGUUAUAAAUAGGAAAGAACUAAUGAAUAUAGAGAGGGACAGCCAUAUAGGAGGAUAUAGAUAAAGAAUUAUGUGUGAUGAACAGGAUCAGUGUCAAGGGUGUAAGACACAGAAAAAAAGGGGGUGUAAUGAACUAAGUGUAAUAGAAUGAUUUACAUAGAUUUGGAUUUGGAUUUACAUAGAUUCUUUAGAAAUAUCAGAUUAAAAGCAUUUUUUGAUAGUCAAACAUGUACGGUUCCCACCCAAAUCACUACUUUGACCCCAAUCAACACCCAAACACUCGGGAUAAAAAUCCCUAGCAGAUUUACGCCCCCGAGAGGACCACCCGCUGUUGAAACUUUUAUUGAUUUCAUUAAAAGAGAUAUUUCUUCUCUCCGCAAGGAAAUCUCUAAAGGCACUCUCCAUUACCCCAACAACUUCACCUCCAGUGAGAUACGUGCCCUAGGGGACUUACAAAAUGAUAAAGCAAUUAUCAUUAAACCAGCGGAUAAGGGGGGAGCAAUAGUGGUACAGGAUACCACUGAGUACAUACGUGAAAUUCAUUCACAAUUGAACGACACCAGUAUAUACAGGAAACUUGAUUCAGAUCCCGUAAAAAAGAUUGAACAAAAAAUACUAGAAUGUAUAGAUCACUAUCUAGAACUCAACAUCAUUGAUAGCAAGACCCAUACAUUUCUCCGUAAAGAACACCCAAUAACUCCUGUCUUAUACACACUUCCGAAAAUUCAUAAAAAUCUUCAACACCCUCCUGGUCGUCCAAUUGUAGCCUCAACUGAAUCCGUACUCUCACCCCUGUCCAUUACUCUCGAAAAAAUCCUCACACCACUCAUUAAGACAACACCUUCUUUUCUUCUCGACACUACAGCCUUCAUCCAACUAAUCCACGGCAUCACUAAUAUCCCCCCAGACUCUAUUCUAGUUACCUUGGAUGUAAACAGCCUGUACACCUCAAUUAAACAUGAAAAAGGACUUCAUGCCACCAAACAGUUACUCAUUAAUUCCGCCUUCACACCCGAUACCAUAGAUUUUUGCACUGACAUUUUGGAACUAGUUUUACACAAUAACUACUUUUUAUUUCAAGAUGACUUCUUCCUGCAGAUACAAGGGACGGCAAUGGGGUCCAACAUGGCACCCCCAUAUGCCAAUGCCUAUAUGGCUUGGUUUGAGGCACAAUACAUUUACCCUGACCCAGCAUUCCAGACCCACUCCUUGGUCUGGAAAAGAUAUAUCGAUGAUAUAUUCUGUAUUUGGAAAGGACCAUUGCCCACCCUACAAUCAUUCCAUGAAUACAUAAACUCCAUUUGGCCUGAGUUACAAUUUACCAUUCACUACCAUUCAAAUCACAUAGACUUCCUAGAUACCACCGUAAUAGUUGAUUCCCUGGGACAACUUACCACUGACCUCUACACUAAACCCACGGACCGCAAUAAUUUACUCCUAUAUACCAGUUAUCAUCCCAAAUCCACAAUAGAAUCCCUUCCAAGAUCACAAUUUCACAGAGUUAAACGCAUAGUCAGCAACCCACAGACACAACAACAACGUAUAGAAGAAAUGUCAGUGAAAUUUAGAACAAGAGGCUACCCCGAGCGGGUCCUCGCCAAGGCACAACAAUCUAGAACCCCCAGAUCAAACAAUACAGCCCGUAUACCGUUUGUUCACACAUAUCAUCCAUUUUCAUACAAAGUACAUGGCAUAAUAAGAAAACACUGGCCAUUAUUACACCAAGCCCUUCCUAAUGUUAAUGAAUUUAAAGACCCAUUUAUGCCAUGCUUCAGAAGACCAAGGAAUUUGAGAGACCGUUUGGUACGAGCUGACAUAGGCAGUGCCAAUACACAUUCCACUCAAACUCUGUUAAAACCCCGUAAAAAUGGCACGUUCCCAUGCCUCCAUUGUAUACAGUGUAACAGCAUAAUAAAAGGAGAUCGCACACACCAUCCCAGAUCUGGAGAGUCAAUUCCUCUUAAAGGAUUUUUUACCUGUGAUACUAAUUUUGUGAUUUAUCUAUUGAAGUGUCCAUGCGGCCUAGCAUAUGUAGGUGAAACAACCCAAAAAAUUCGCGACCGUAUCUCACAACACAAAUCUACCAUCAGACGGAAAAACCUACUACUACCUGUUCCUCACCACUUUGAUACACAUAAUCACACUCCAUCACAGCUGAGAUUCCAGGUAUUAGAACAGAUUCAUAGAAAUAGGAGAGGUGGUAACAGAAGUAGGCUGUUGAAGUUGAGGGAAGCAUAUUGGAUACAUAGACUACAGACACUGGAACCGCAUGGGCUCAACCGGGAAUAUGACAUUACUAACAUGUAGAGUGUCUUUACUUGACUACGCUGUAACAUGCUGAUGAUAUACCCUUUUUUUCCCCCAGGUGCGCUGAGGAUACUAUCUCCGGACCAAUGCUGUGGGGGCCCACCUAUUCUCGUAUUCUGUUUACCUUUUUUCCCCCUUUUUUUGACACCUCUUGUUUGUAUAAUUUAUAGAUCUGAUGAAGGUCCAGGUAGGACCGAAACGUCAUACUGUUUAACUAUUGGAUUACUAAUAAAAUCUAAAUCUACUUCACC